AUGACUUCUAAAGUCGCCAUCGCCAACGCCGCCCCCGCCCCCGUCGCUGAAGUCGCUGACGUUCUUCAGUCUGUCUCCCUUUCGGCCCAUCGCGCCCCUCCCGUCACACACCACUCUCCCAUGCAGCUUGCCCGUCUCGCCUACACCCCGCGCAUCAGCCCCCUCUUGCGCACCCCCCGUGCCGUCACCUUCACGUCUGGUGAGCCGACCACCGCCUCGUAUGAUGUCGAAGUCAUUCAUUCUCAGUUCCCGCACCUUUUCGGACAGCCCGCCCUGCACUUUCAGCCCUCAGACCCGCUCUCUACUCCCCCGAAGAAGAAUAUUGCUGUUGUUCUAUCGGGUGGUCCAGCUCCGGGUGGCCAUAAUGUCAUCAGUGGCAUGUACGACUUCGUCAAGGAGCUUAACCCCGAAAGUAACAUGAUUGGCUUUCUUUCUGGUCCAGACGGCAUCCUCAAGAAUAAACACCUCAUACUCACCGAUGAGAUCGUUGGCCCGCACAGGAACCAGGGUGGUUUUCACAUGAUUGGCUCGGGCAGGACUAAGAUUGAGACCGAAGACCAGUUUGCCGCUGCCCGUGCCACUGCCAAGGCCCUUGAUCUUGAUGCCCUUCUCGUUAUCGGAGGGGAUGAUAGUAAUAGUAACGCUAUGAAGCUCGCUGAAGACUUCAAGGCCCAUGGUUUGAAGUGUGCUGUUAAUGGAGCCCCCAAGACUAUCGAUAAUGACCUCAGAAACGCUCAGGUCGAGGUUUCCUUCGGCUUCGACACCGCCAGCAAGUCAUACGCACAGAGUACCGCUUCGCUCGCCUUCGACGCCGUCUCAGCUGGGAAAGCCUAUCAUUUUGUUAGGGUAAUGGGUCGCUCCGCCUCGCAUAUCGCCCUGGAGUGUGCCCUGCAGGUCCAUCCCAACUUGUGCUUUAUCGGGGAGGAAGUUAAGCAGAACAAUAUCACCUUGGCUGACAUUGUUAAUCAGAUUGCCGACCUUGUCUGUGAACGUGCCGCUCUCGGUAAAAACUAUGGAAUCAUCGUCAUUCCGGAGGGCUUGGUUGAGUUCAUGCCGGACGUCGAGGCUCUCAUCGUAGACUUGAACGAGAUUCUGGCUACCUCGGAAACCCCUCUCACAUAUGACAAUUGCGCAUCUGCUCUCACAGAGGAGAACGCAAAGUUGUUCCGCAUGCUUCCCCCUGCCAUCGCUAAUCAACUCAUGCUUGAACGUGACCCUCACGGCAACGUCCAAGUCGCCAAGAUCGAGGCCGAACGCUUGCUGAUUAGCAUUGUUACGACCAUGCUUGCAGUACGCAAGAAGAAUGGCAAGUUUGACGGCAAGUUUAGCGGUGUGCCUCACUACCUCGGCUAUGAGGCUCGAUGCGCGCUACCGUCUAAUUUUGACGCCAACUACACCUACGGCCUUGGUCGAGUUGCUGCUGCAUUGUGUUGUAAUGAGAAAACGGGGUAUAUUGCGACCUUGUCGGGUCUCACCAAGAAACCCGAGGAAUGGAUCCCAGCUGGUUACCCGCUCACCAUGAUGAUGAACAUCGAGAGACGGCAUGGCAAGGAUGUCGCUGUCAUUAAGAAGAUGCUUGUCGAUCUAGACGGCAGCCCUUUCACGACGUUUGCGGAGAGCCGGGAUAGCUGGAGGUUAGCCGACAACUACCGAACUCCAGGAACAACUCAAUUCUGGGGACCACGUGCAGACGAUGUGAAUCUGUCUCUUGCGUUGGACGCUGAGGGAAAGACCAACUAA